AUAUAUAUGUGAAGGUGAAAUAUAAGCACAGAAAAACGAUCAAAAGAGUGUGAUCACAUAUAUAGAAGUAUCAUGUCUGGGGCACAAGGAGCACAACCAAAAGGGUCAAAGACAGCAACAAUAUAUGAGUCAGUAGGAGGAGAGAACAGGACGAGGACUGAGUUGCGAUCAAGGGAGGAUCAAGGUUCCAUUCAGGUCGAGAAAUUGCAGGAGAAGGUCAGUGAUCCUGCUGGAAAAGGUGGUCCUGUCUUUGGUGCUGGUAAAGAGGAAGACAAACAAGAUCUUGGAGUCACAGGCACAGGCUAAUGCAUAAACCAAAACCAUGAUGCUGCUGCUUCUAAAUCUUUCUUAUGUCUCUUUCUGUCUCUGCAUGGAACUCAUUUCUCUUUUCCUUACUUAUUUUGCUUCUACUUUGUGUUUUAUGGAAUAAAACGGAAGAGGUUGAUGUUAUGACCUAAAUCCAUUACUUUCUUUUUCUUUUUUUA